AUGAAGGAGGAGGCCACCCUGCGGCGCCGCCUCUCGCUCUGCCCGCCCGCCGCCCCCCCGAAGCCCGCGCCCCGGCGGCUGGCCCGCGCCCUGCUCCUCAGCGAUGGCGAGAAUGAGCCCGACCCCCUCAGCCCAGGGACGGACGGGGAGCACAACGGCCCCUCGCUGACCCGGGAGGAGGGGCCCCCGACACCCGGCUCUGCCUGGAAGCUGCCACCGGCGGAGUGCCGGCUGUGCAACGGGUCCGACAGGGAGUGUGUGUCCCCCACGGCCAAGGCUGCCAGGAAGGAGACUCUCAAGGUGCAGAAGGAGAACUACCGGCAGGAGAAGAAGCGGGCCACCAAGCAGCUGCUCAGCGCCCUGACCGACCCCCGCGUGGUCAUCAUGGCCGACAGCCUGAAGGUCCGGGGCACGCUGAAGGGCUGGACCAAGCUGUGGUGCGUGCUGAAGCCGGGCGCGCUGCUCGUCUACAAGGCGCCGGGCGCGGGCCAGUGGGUGGGCACCGUGCUGCUGCCGGGCUGCCGGCUGCUGGAGCGGCCCUCCAGGAAGGACGGCUUCUGCUUCAAGCUCUUCCACCCGCUGGACCAGUCCGUGUGGGCCCUGAAGGGCCCCAGAGGCGAGAGCGUGGGCUCCAUCACACAGCCCCUGCCCAGCAGCUACCUGAUCUUCAGGGCGGCCUCCGAGUCCGACGGCCGCUGCUGGCUGGACGCCCUGGAGCUGGCCCUGCGCUGCUCCAGCCUCCUGCGGCUCAGCCGGCCGGGCAGCGACCAGGAGGCCGGGUCCUCGCCCGACGGGUCGCCCUCCUCGCUCUGCGGGCUGCCGCCCUCGGCCGCCAUCCACGGCCCGGACCUGUUCCCGCUGAACGGGUCGGCCCUGGAGAACGACGCCUUCUCGGACCGGUCGGAGCGGGAGGCGGGCGAGGACUCGGGGCCCGAGGCCCCGGACCUCAGCCCGAGGCCCCGCGGCAGCGGCAGCGACCUGUCCGAGGCCCCCGGCGCCCCCGCCCCUCGGGGGACCACGUACGUGGAGCAGCCCCACGAGGAGCUGGGGGAGCCGGUCGGCGCGGCCCAGGAGCAGCCGGUGCCGGAGGAGCACCGGGGGCUGGUGUGGCUGCUGCUGCGGCAGCUGCGGCCGGGCAUGGACCUGUCCCGCGUGGCACUGCCCACCUUCGUGCUGGAGCCCCGCUCCUUCCUCUGCAAGCUGUCCGACCACUACGCCCACGCCGACCUGCUGUCCCGGGCGGCGCUGGAGGAGGACGCCUACGGCCGCUUCAAGCAGGUGCUGCGCUGGUACCUGUCCGGCUUCUACCAGAAGCCCAAGGGAAUCAAGAAGCCGUACAACCCGGUCCUCGGGGAGACCUUCCGCUGCAGCUGGUUCCACCCGCAGACCCGCAGCCUCACCUUCUACAUCGCCGAGCAGGUGUCCCACCACCCGCCCGUGUCCGCCUUCCACGUCAGCAACCGCAAGGACGGCUUCUGCGUCAGCGGCAGCGUCACGGCCAAGUCCCGGUUCUACGGGAACUCGCUGUCGGCCCUGCUGGACGGCCAGGCCACGCUCACCUUCCUGCGCCGGGCCGAGGACUACACCCUCACCAUGCCCUACGCCCACUGCAGAGGGCUCCUGUACGGCACCAUGACCAUGGAGCUGGGCGGCCGGGUGACCAUCGAGUGCAAGAAGAGCAACUUCCAGGCCGAGCUGGAGUUCAAGCUCAAGCCGUUCUUCGGGGGCAGCGCGAGCAUCAACCAGGUGGCGGGCAGGAUCGUGGCCGGAGACGAGGAGCUGGCGCAGCUGUGGGGGCGCUGGGACGGGGAGGUGUUCGUCCGGGAGGGGGGCCGCGGGGGCCCCCAGCUCUUCUGGAGCCCGAGCCCCGAGGUCCGCGCGCAGAGGCUGAGGCUGCGCACGGUGCUGCCCGCCGAGCAGGCCGAGCUGGAGUCCGAGAGGCUGUGGCGGGGUGUCACCAGGGCCAUCCGGGCGGGCGACCAGCAGGCGGCCACGCGGGAGAAGCUGGCGCUGGAGGAGGCACAGCGGCAGCGGGCCCGGGAGCGGCAGCAGCGCCCGGGGCCCUGGGCGCCCCGGCUCUUCCGGCUGGACCCCGCCGCCCAGCAGUGGCGCUACCGCUUCGCCGACCUCAGCCCCUGGGAGCCCGGGAAGGACGUGGCCCAGUAUGAGCAGGACGGGGCGCUGUGCACCCUGCAGCGGGAGAGCCGGCCCCCCCAGGCCCGUCAGGGGGGCAGCCCAGGGCCCAGGCGCCAGAGGCCGGGCCCCGACCGGCGGCUCCGCAAGGCCAGCGACCAGCCCCCCGGCCGCAGCCAGGCCACCGAGAGCAGCUCCACGCCCGAGUCCUGCCCCGAGCUCUCCGACGAGGACGGGCGCUUUGUCCCCGGGAGCCCGUGCCCGCGGUGCCGGAAGGAGGCGGGGCGGCUGCAGGCGCUGCAGGAGGCCGUGCUGUCCAUCCGAGACGCCCAGCAGGAGCUGCACAGGCACCUCGUGGCCAUGCUCAGCGCCUCGGCCAGGGCGCGGCGGGCGGCGGCCCCGGGCCUCCUGCAGAGCCCGCGCGCCUGGGGGCUGCUGUGCGUGCUGCUGGCCUGCCAGCUGCUCCUGGGCCACGUCCUCACGUAA